ACCACCGUUGAUACAGAGAGACGCAGAUUCAUCGAACCCUCGACCUCUAUAAAGCCAUCACAAGGCUUUUUCAUUGCCCUAUCUAUACUCGGGGGGAGAGAGAGAGAGAGUCCAGAAAGCAAAGCAAACGCAAGGCGACGUCUCUCUAUUCUGUUUCUUCUUCAGCUUGAAACCAAUGGCAACGGAGACCUUCCUAUUCACAUCUGAAUCAGUGAAUGAGGGGCACCCAGAUAAGCUCUGCGACCAGAUCUCUGAUGCAGUGCUUGAUGCCUGCUUAGCACAGGACCCUGACAGCAAAGUUGCCUGUGAGACUUGCACCAAGACCAACAUGGUCAUGGUUUUUGGAGAGAUCACUACCAAGGCCAAUGUGGAUUAUGAGAAAAUUGUGCGCGAUACUUGCCGGGCUAUUGGAUUUGUGUCUGAUGAUGUGGGUUUGGAUGCCGAUAACUGCAAGGUUCUUGUUAACAUUGAGCAGCAGAGCCCAGAUAUUGCCCAGGGCGUCCAUGGCCAUCUAACCAAGCGCCCUGAGGAGAUUGGUGCUGGUGAUCAGGGUCACAUGUUCGGUUAUGCAACUGAUGAGACCCCUGAGUUGAUGCCCCUCAGCCAUGUUCUUGCAACCAAGCUUGGAGCUCGCUUGACUGAGGUUCGCAAGAACGGGACCUGUCCAUGGCUGCGGCCUGAUGGUAAAACCCAAGUGACCGUUGAGUAUUACAAUGACAAUGGUGCCAUGGUUCCCGUUCGAGUGCACACUGUGCUCAUCUCCACCCAGCAUGAUGAGACUGUCUCCAAUGAUGAAAUUGCCGCUGAUCUUAAGGAGCAUGUCAUCAAGCCUGUUAUUCCCGAGAAGUACUUGGAUGAGAAAACCAUCUUCCAUCUUAACCCCUCUGGCCGGUUUGUCAUUGGUGGGCCUCAUGGUGAUGCCGGUCUCACUGGUCGGAAGAUCAUCAUCGACACUUAUGGUGGGUGGGGAGCUCAUGGUGGUGGUGCUUUCUCCGGAAAGGACCCCACCAAGGUGGAUAGGAGUGGAGCAUACAUUGUCAGGCAAGCUGCAAAGAGCAUUGUGGCUAAUGGACUUGCCCGGAGGUGCAUUGUGCAGGUUUCUUAUGCCAUUGGUGUUCCUGAGCCCUUGUCUGUUUUUGUUGACACGUAUGGGACUGGGAAGAUUCCCGAUAAAGAGAUUCUCAAGAUCGUGAAGGAGAGCUUCGAUUUUAGGCCUGGCAUGAUCUCCAUCAACCUCGAUCUCAAGAGGGGCGGCAAUGGAAGAUUCUUGAAGACUGCUGCCUAUGGACAUUUUGGCAGGGAUGACCCAGACUUUACAUGGGAGGUGGUUAAGCCCCUCAAGUGGGAUAAGGUUCAAGCUUGAUCAAUCCUAUGGUGUGGGUGGUGAUCGGUUGUCAAAGCAUAAUUUCCUUUGAUUUUGCUUAUCGCUUCGCGUGUUCUUAUUUUUCAUUUGCUAUUAAAAUUUCUUUGUUUAAGCGGCAUCACAGUUGAAAGACUGACUGACAAUGUGUAUCAGUUCUCUAUAUUCUGCAUGCAUAGCUAUGACUGCUGUGAGAAACGAGUUUGUAUCCGGCAGUAUAGCUGCAGUACAUUUGCUAGGCUCUGUGAGUGUUUCAAAAUAAAAAUUUGAAUGCAUUUAUUGAGGCUUAGUCUUGUCUCAUAUAUUUGAUUA